CUACUUACUGUUCCGCUCGGAUUCGUCUAGGGAUUAGAGAGGAGAGUGGUGAUGAACACAAAACGGAUCCGGCGGCAGAAGCAGCCAGCCAUAGCAACUAGCUCUCACAACCCGGAGAGCGCGGAGGGGACUUCUCAAGCCGGGUUGGAGGAAAAGCCUGUUUGGGGCUUGCUGAGGCCUACCGUGGUCCUCCCUGCUUUCUUCUUGAUGCUUGCGCUGCCGCUCCUCGUCUUUGUCUCCGGUCGAAGCCCGUUCAAAGAGCAACUUUGUAACUGUGGAACUAGAGGAGUCCUACGAAGGGAAGCUGGCUUGGCAGCAAGGGCAAAACAAGGUUUGCAGAAUGAGUCCUUCGCAUAUUCCUCCAAAAAAGAAAAUUGUUCCUUUGCAUACUCCAAUGUCACAAAGGAUAAUCUUCUCAAAGCAAAUGUCACAAAGGAUAAUUUUCUCAAAGCAAAUGUCACGAAGGAUAAUCAUCUCAAGGCAAAUGUCCCAAAGGAUAAUUUUUUCAAAGAAAAUGUCCCAAAGGACAAUAUUCUCAAAGGAAACGUCACAAAGGACAAACUUCUUGGGGGUCUGCUGGCUGCUGGGUUUGAUGACGGAUCUUGCCUGAGCAGGUAUCGAUCUGUUCUAUAUCGCAAAGAAUCACCCCAUAUUCCUUCUCGUUAUCUUGCAGAAAGGCUAAGAAACCAUGAAGCUCUCCAAAAAAAAUGUGGUCCAAACACUGAAUUAUACGACAAAGCCAUUAAAUGGUUGAAGCCUGAUGCGCACGGAAAAAGAAAGAAACAGUUGAAGCCUGGCCAUAGCACCGAGACCACAGAGUGCAACUACGUGGUAUAUAUAUCAUAUAGCGGCUUGGGGAACAGAAUUGUGUCUCUAACUUCAGCAUUUCUAUACGCUCUCCUUACAAACAGGGUCUUACUUAUUGACAGAGGUACUCACAUGGCUGACCUUUUUUGCGAACCAUUUCCUGAUAGCUCAUGGCUUCUGCCUUUGGAUUUCCCUCUUCUUAACCAGUUUGGCAGACUGCACAAAACAUCUCCUCAGCGUUUUGGAAAUAUGUUGAAGAGCAAGGCUAUCAGUGACGAAGUAAAUGGUGCUUCAAACAAGUCCCUACCACCUUAUGUGUAUAUCCACCUAAGCCAUGAUUAUGAUGACUACGAGAAGCUUUUCUUCUGCGAAGAUGAUCAACGGGUCCUUCAAAAGAUCCCUUGGCUGCUGCUAAGAUCGAAUCAAUACUUCGUGCCAUCCCUAUUUCUAAUCCCAGCAUAUGAGGAAGAACUUGGUCGGUUAUUCCCCGAGAGAGAUACCGUUUUCCAUCAUUUGGGACGUUAUCUUUUGCACCCUACAAACCCAGUGUGGGGUUUAAUUACCAGGUCUUACCAGUCCUAUCUAGCCAAGGCUGAUGAACGAGUGGGCAUGCAGAUCCGAGUCUUCGGUGCAAAAAACAGUCCAUUUGAGCAUUUAGAUCGGAUCCUCAAAUGUGCUCUAGAGGAAAAGCUGCUGCCUGAUAUCAGUCUCAAUGGACCUGUGGUUUCAACUACUGGUGCCAAGUCAGCUGUGCUCAUAACUUCUUUGGAUUCUACGUACUUUGAGAAGGUGAGGAGCAUGUAUUGGGAGCAUCCAACUGCCUUCGGUGAGAUCAUUAGCGUCUAUCAGCCAAGCCAUGAAGGAGUGGAGCAGACAGGGAAGGAGAUGCAUCAGAUGAAAGCAUGGGCGGAAAUCUAUCUCUUGAGCUUGACUGAUGUGUUGAUCACAUCAUCCUGGUCUACAUUUGGGCAUGUAGCUCAAGGUCUUGGUGGUUUAAGGCCAUGGAUCGCAUUGAUACCAGGUAAUCCUUCUUGUCGACGAGCCAUAUCAAUGGAACCUUGUUUCCAUUUCGCCCCCUCUUAUAAUUGCAAGACAAAGACGAGCGCUGAUCUAGGGGCUGUAGUCCCACACGUGAGGCAUUGUGAAGACAUGGUUGGAGGCCUUAAGCUGGUUGAUCCGGUCCACCACUAGCAAUAUUGGAAUAUUGAAAGACCUGUCAGAAUGUGAUAUGUUGGAAAAUUAUUGAAAGUAAUUUUAUUUGAGCUAGGAAAGAAGGGGUUUUACUUUAUCUUGUAAACUUUC